GUGAUUUUACGAGGGAUGGAGGAACGAAGAGCAUCGGCGGCAACGGUGAGCGCGCCGAUGAGUUGCGGCAGCGGAAGCUCCAGCAUGUGUGCGGGGCCGAUGUAACAGUAGCAGUAGCAAGGUAUGGGUUCCACUCGCGAUUGGAGGAAUAUCGAUGCGGCUGGUGGGUUUUAUGUCGGCAGUGAGCCGAGGAGAUUUCACGGGCCUCCUCAGUGCGAUCGGUGCGGGCGUUCUGGACACAUCAGCAUCAAAUGCCUGGCCCCAAACCACGAAAUGAUCUACUGGAAGUACAACCAAUUUCACGGGCCUCCUCAGUGCGAUCGGUGCGGGCGUUCUGGACACGCAAGCAUCAAGGGCCUGGCACCAAACCACGAAAUGAUCAACUGGAAGUACAACCGACCUGGACCGUUUCAGCAGCAGCGGAGGAACGGCGAGUUUGGCGACGGGUGGACAGCAUCGUCCCUGGUCGCCGCGUUGGCGCCCGGUACUCAGACGGACGCAGCGGCGAUGGCGGCGGCGUCCGUGACAGGGGGCACGGCAGCAGCAGCUGCUGCUGCGGCGUCCCCGGUCGCCGCAUUGGCGUUGGGUGUCCAGACGGCCGCAGCGGCGGCGGCGUCGAUAUCGGUGACGGGGGGAACGGCAGCGGCGACAGCAGCAGCGGCGUCCCCGGUCGCCGCGUUGGCGUCGGGUGUCCAGACGGUCGCAAGGGCGGCGGCGGCGGCGGCGGCGGCACCGGUGACGGAGGACGGCGGCGGCGAUGGGGUCGGGGACGAGGGGCUGGAUGAAACCUGGAGUGGAGCCCCGACACACCCUUUCGACCCCGGUAAGACAUCCUCGCGUGGCGCGAGGAGACGGGGGGCAGUAUCAGGGGUUGCGUACCCCUUCGAUAGGGGCAGGAACGGGAGUGCCAGCUCCGGCGGCGGCAACGGCGGCAGCCGCAGCAGCGACGAGAGUAGCGGCUUCGGCCAGAGCUCCGGCGGCGACACCGGCGGCAGCAGGAGCAGCGACGGGAGUGGUGGCUUCGGCCAGAUGGCAGCAGCAGACGGCAGCGGCGACUUCGGCCAGAGCCUCGUCGGCGGCAGCGGCGACAACGGCGGUGGUGGUAGAGGCGGCAGCAGCGACGUCACCGGCAGCCGUGUUGGCGCUGGUACUCAUGACGGUCGUGGCGGCGGGGGAACGGCAACGGCGGCGAUGGCAGCGGCGGCAGCAGCGCUGGUGCCCUCGAGUCGACCGGGAACGGGGAGGACGCGGUGACAGCGACGACCUCACCUUGUUACAGUCAAGUGGGAGAACAUGUGAAACGUUCACGACUUUGUUCGGUUUUGUGAGCAGGCAUGUACGUUUUAGCUUCGCCAUUUGGCUUCGCAUUUGUUUUUUUUGUUCUGUUGUUCCCUUGCUAGUGCACCGUGCACUUUGAUGCAGAA